AUGGUGAUGACAUGGCUAGAAGCAGUGCUACCUUUGGGAAUCAUAGCUGGCAUGCUUUGUGUGACGGGAAAUGCUCAAUACUUCAUCCACAAAGCUGCCAUGGGGCAACUGAAACACAUCGAGAAUGAUGUUUGGGAUGUUGCGAUGGAAAGACGGGACAGGAAGAUCAUCGAGAUGCUUUCUUCCAGCUUACCUUCUAAUUAG